GAGGUUAAGUAGGACUGUAUAUCCUGGGGCCAUGCUGAGCUGGGGGUCCUUUCGUCUGAGGUUACACUGGGCAUGAUGCUGCGUUGGCGCCUUCAAUGGUACCCGCCCCCCCAACUCACACCCAUAGGCUGACUUCCGCUGAGCUGGGCUGAGCUACAGCUUCCCCUCCACUGUUCCAGGAAGUCACUUCCCUUCCCCUCUGAAGCACCCCCAUUCCUCCUGUCCUCCGCUGCAAGCCACCCAUCAGGCUCUUUGCUAGCUUCUGCACCUGGGGCUCCCCAGGGCCCUUAGGCUCCCACUCUCGGGGUUGGCCAUGGAGGCAGAUGCAGAGUGAGGGGGGGGCCAUGGCGGAGGAGCGGCCCCCCCGGCUGGUGGAUUACUUCGUGAUAGCUGGGCUUGCGGGAAGCGGAGCACCCAUUCCCGAGGAGACGUGGGUUCCUGAGCCCAGUGGGCCCCUGCGCCCUCCCCGGCCGGCUGAGCCCAUCACCGAUGUGGCAGUCAUCGCGAGGGCGCUGGGCGAGGAGGUGCCCCAGGGCUAUACCUGCAUCCAGGCCUCUGUGGGGGGCCACCCCUUGGAACUCAGUGCUGGGCUCCUGAGUGGAACUCAACCCGUCAUCUGCUACCGCAGGGGCCGUGACAAGCCGCCCCUCGUGGAGCUCGGGUGUGUGCCCCUCCCCGUGCUGGCACCAGGGGAGGCUGGGAGGGACUGUGGGUUCCCUGGGAUCCCCCCAGUUCCUUCCCUGGAGCCUGAUACACCCUCCUUUUGGGGGCCCCACUCUGUCCUGGGUGCAGAGCUGCUGGGCCGCUACCCAGAGGAGGACAAUGAGACAUUUCCGCUGCCCGAGUCAGUGCCCGUCUUCUGCCUACCCAUGGGGGCCACCAUCGAGUGCUGGCCGGCCGAGACCAAGUACCCGGUGCCGGUCUUCUCCACCUUCGUGUUGACGGGUGCAGCUGGUAAUAAGGUGUACGGUGCAGCCCUGCAGUUCUACGAGGCGUUCCCGAGGGCCAGGCUGUCGGAGCGGCAGUCACGGGCACUGGGCCUGCUGAGCGCCGUGGAACGAGGCCGGGCACUUGGGGGCCGAGCGGUGCGCAGCCGGCGCGCCAUCGCCGUGCUGUCCCGCUGGCCUGCCUUCUCCGCCUUCCGCGCCUUCCUUACCUUCCUUUACCGCUACUCCGUCUCAGGCCCCCACCGCCUGCCCUUGGAAGCGCACAUCUCCCACUUCAUUCACAACGUCCCCUUCCCUUCCCCACAGAGACCCCGCAUCCUGGUGCAGGUGAGGGCUGAGGCCGGUCAGUAUUGGUGCAAAGUCAUUGAACAGCUGGCGGUGGCCAGGCCGCGGUGGAGACCUGUGUGCAGAGCAGGGUUGGGACUAGCCCUUCAGGGGCUGGCUCUCAGUCUCCGGCCACCCUGGUCCCCAGCGUACACUGGGCCGGAGGAGGAGGCGUCCCUGGAGUUCCUGCUGACAGACUACGAGGCUGUGUGUGGCCGCCGGGACCGGCUGGAGCGCGAAGUCCAGGGGGCCUUCCUCCGCUUCAUGGCCUGUCUGCUCAAGGGCUACCGGGACUUCCUGCGUCCACUCACCAAGGCGCCCUCUGAGGGGGCUCGCGAUGUGGACAACCUCUUCUUCCUGCAGGGUUUCCUCAAGUCCCGGGAGCGCUCCAGCCACAAGCUGUACUCGCAGCUGCUGCACACGCAGAUGUUCUCGCAGUUCAUCGAGGAAUGCUCCUUUGGCUCCGCUCGGCACGCUGCCCUCGAAUUCUUUGACUCUUGCGUUGAUAAGGUCCACCCAGAGCAGGAGAAGCCUGAGGCGACGCCCUUGGUGGAGCUGGAGGAGCUGUCGGGAAGUGAGCUCACUGUCUUCAUCACGCCUCCCGAGGAGCCCCCGGUGCCCGAGGGCAGCGAACCCACUCCCCAGUACUGCUACGAUGGAUUUCCAGAGCUACGGCCUGAGCUGUUUGAAUCUCCCCAAGAGCAAACGGGGGCUCUGCCUGUGCCCGGCCCGGCCCGUAGUGCCCCGAGCAGUCCUGCUCCUCGCCGUACCAAGCAGGAGAUGAAGGUCGCACAGCGAAUGGCGCAGAAGUCUGCGGCGGUGCCUGAGCUGUGGGCCCGGUGCCUGCUGGGGCACUGCUACGGGCUCUGGUUCCUGUGUCUGCCUGCCUACGUGCAGUCAGCGCCCUCCCGGGUGCAGGCACUGCACACGGCCUACCACGUGCUGCGCCAGAUGGAGCACCACAAGGUGGUGCUGCCCGAUGAGGUGGGUGCCCAUGCCCAGUCCCAGCUGUGCUCACACUAUGGGCAGCCUGUGCUGUCUGUGCGGGUCAUGCUGAGAUGCGCAGGCAGGCAUUGUGCCCACACGAUCACGUAUGGCUACUACAACAAGGCUGUGCUGGAGAGUAAGUGGCCAUCUGGUACACCUGGUGGGCGCCUGCGCUGGGCCAAGCUUCGGAACAUUGUCCUGGGGGCUGCUCAGUUCCGCCAGCCCUUGAAGGAACGGUGGCAGCAGCAGCAGCAACAGCAGCAGCAGCAGCAGCAGCAGCAGCAGCAGCAGCAGCAACAGCAGAAGGCGGCAGCACAAGAGGCAGGCAGCUCCCAGACAGAGCCCUGCCUGGAGCGCCCCUCCCCUACCCGCCCCCUUCAGCGCCAGACUACUUGGGCUGGGCGCAGCCUGCGGGACCCGGCCUCACCCAAGGGGCGCCUGCUGAAGAGUGGCAGCCUGGGCAGUGCCCGAGAGGCACAACCCACGGUGGAGGCUGGCGUGGCCCACAUGAUGGAGGCCUUGGGGGUACUGGAGUCCCGGGCAUCACCUGUGCCCUGGCACGAUGGAAGCCUCUCAGACCUGAGCCUGCCUGGGGAGGAGCUGGCAGCUGGAGGCAGCCCAGGGGACUCGGGCUCCGCCCGGAGUACCCAGUCCACUGAAGUCGUGGAAGGGCUAAGUGAGCGUGUGCCCAAGGCUAGUGGGCAUCAGGAUGAGAGCAGCACCCCCCGGCGAGGGCUGGGUGCCCGCCUCCAGCAGCUGCUCACUCCUUCCCGCCGCCGCUCCUCUGUCUCACGCAUUCCCCCACCUGAGCUGCCCCCCGACCUGCCUCCCCCAGCCCACCGCAGCCCCAUGGAUGGCCUUCUGCACCCCCGGGAGCGCCCUGGAUCCACUGCCUCCGAGAGCUCAGCCUCUCUGGGCAGUGAGUGGGACCUCUCAGAAUCUUCUGUCAGCAGCCUGAGCCUUCGCCGUUCCUCAGAGCGCCUCACCGAAACCCCCGGGACCUCCCAGCCACCUUCCCUGGAAAUUCUGCUGUCCAGCUGCUCCCUGUGCCGUGCCUGUGACUCGCUGGUAUACGAUGAGGAGAUUAUGGCUGGCUGGGCACCUGAUGACUCCAACCUCAACACCACCUGCCCCUUCUGCGCUUGCCCCUUCGUGCCCCUGCUCAGUGUCCAGACUGUUGAUUCCCGACCCAGUGCCCCCCAGCCCCCAAGCCUGCCCCCUGCUGGUGCCAGCGGCAGCAAAGAUGCUCCUGUCCCAGGGGGCCCAGGCCCUGUGCUCAGUGACCGCAGACUCUGCCUUGCCCUGGAUGAGCCCCAGCUCUGCAACGGGCACAUGGGGGGUGCCUCCCAGCGAGUCGAGGGUGGGGCAUGGGCAUACCUGAGCCCCCUGGUGCUGCGUAAGGAGCUGGAGUCGCUGGUAGAGAACGAGGGCAGUGAAGUGCUGGCGUUGCCUGAGCUGCCUGCUGCCCACCCCAUCAUCUUCUGGAACCUCCUGUGGUAUUUCCAGAGGCUGCGCCUGCCCAGUAUUUUGCCAUGCCUGGUGCUCGCCUCCUGCAAUGGUCCCCCGGCCCCCCAGGCCCCAUCUCCUUGUCUAGUGCCUGACCCAGCCUCUGUGCAGGUGCGGCUGCUGUGGGAUGUUCUGACCCCUGACCCCAAUAGCUGCCCCCCUCUCUAUGUGCUCUGGAGGGUCCACAGCCAGAUCCCCCAGCGGGUGGCAUGGCCAGGCCCCGUACCUGCAUCCCUGAGCCUGCAUUUGCUGGAGUCGGUGCUGCGUUAUGUUGGUCUCGACGAGGUGCACAAGGCUAUAGGGCUCCUGCUAGAAAUUUUAGGGCCCCCUCCCACAGGCCUGCACCUACAGAGGGGCAUCUACCGUGAGAUCUAUUUCCUGACGAUAGCUGCUCUGGGCAAGGACCACAUGAAAACAGUGCACUUCGACAAGAGGUACAAGUCUGCCUUUAACAAGCUGGCCAGCAGCAUGGGCAAGGAAGAGCUGAGGCAGCGGCGGGCACAGAUGCCCACCCCGAAGGCCAUUGAUUGCCGAAAAUGUUUUGGAGCAUUUCUGGAAUGCUAGGGACCCUGAAGCUUCCCCCUCCAGCCUGGAGUGGGGAGGUGGAGGAGAAAGGAUCCUAGCGAUAAUCUGCUUCCCUGUUCCUUUCAUAGAGGAGUUGGGAAACGGGCCAGGAGACAUGCCCCAGCCAUAGGCUCCAAGUGGGGACAGCGGGAAGGGGGACCCGGUAUUACCAAAAGUCACAGUUCGCUGUCUCCAACCUGCCCAACGUGCUCAUGCUGACAUUGGAGGAGGCCCGGGGACAUUUGGCACGGCUCUGUUUCUCCCCAUCCUAAACUAGGAAGUCCCCUCCGGUUACCCACGGGUCUGCACCCCGGUCAUUUUAUAAGUUUUUGUUUUAAAAAACAACUGGAAAGAUACAGAGCCACCGAGCCUUUGCCUUGAAUGGGAGGGAGGACCAUCAUUCCCCAUCAAGGAUGGCCCCUCUUCGCUAGAAUUGCUGAAGGAGUCCAAGGCUCUCCAUGCCUUUCUACAUUAGAAUUUGUAUUUUAUUUUAAGUUAUUUAUUCUGGAGCCACAGCCCCCUUGCGUAUGAAGUUAUUAUGGAUGGUGAAAAAGAGAAGUCCUAUGGGAAUGGGGUCCCACGGUACAGUGCUUUGUAGCACCUUAAAUUUCAAGAGGUGGGAACUGGAGGAGUCCCAAGGUCUCCUUAGGAAGUACUGAUGCCCCCUCUAAGUCCUAAUCCUUCUUGAUCUCUCCACCCGGGGAAUGCAUCACCCACCCAGGGCCCUGACUGUGCAAUAAGGAUUGUUCCUUGCGAAGUUUUGUUGGAUGUAAAUAUAGUAAAAGCUGCUUCUGUUUUUUUUUUUU